UCUCUCAGUCGUUACUUCCGCUCUUCAAGAUAGCUGCAGGGGUCUCCCCCAUUUUUCUCAGUAGGCGGCGGCGGCGGUUUGAGAUGUUCGGCCUCAAGAGAAACGCAGUGAUCGGACUCAACCUCUACUGUGGGGGGGCCGGAUUGGGACCGGAUAGCGGCAGCGGCGCCUCCGCUCCGGGAAGGCGGCUUUUGGCUGCAGGAAAGGAGGCCACGGCCGGGCGAGAGGUAGGGGGAGGGGAAGCCGGCGAGGUGAUUGGCGGAAGCGCCGGCCCGAGCCCCCCGGCCACUCUCGCGCCCGACGCCCGGAGGGUCGCGCGGCCCUCGCCCAUUGGCGCCGAGGGCCCCGACGUCACCGCGACCCGCGCCAGGCUGCUGUUCUUCGCGCCCACCCGCCGCGCCUCGCCGCCCGAAGAGAUGGAAUCCUCGGUCUCCGACGCCAUCAUGUCGCCCGAAGAGGAGCUGGACGGGUGCGAGCCGGAGCCUCUAGGGAAGCGGCCGUCCGUCCUGCCUUUGCUGGAAUUGGUCGGCGAGGCCAGUAACAGCCCGGGCAAGGACGGCUCACUCCCCUCGACGCCGCCCCCAGCAGAGGAGGAGGAGGACGAGUUGUACCGGCAGUCCCUGGAGAUUAUCUCUCGAUACCUCCGGGAGCAGGCAACCGGCACCAAGGACGCGAAGCCACUGGGCGGGUCUGGGGCCGCCAGCCGGAAAGCGUUAGAGACCCUGCGACGGGUCGGGGACGGUGUGCAACGGAACCACGAGACGGCCUUCCAAGGCAUGCUUCGGAAACUGGACAUCAAAAACGAAGACGAUGUCAAAUCUUUGUCUCGAGUGAUGGUCCAUGUUUUCAGUGACGGAGUAACAAACUGGGGCAGGAUUGUGACUCUCAUUUCUUUUGGUGCCUUUGUGGCCAAACACUUGAAGAGUAUAAACCAAGAAAGCUGCAUCGAACCAUUAGCAGAAAGCAUCACAGAUGUUCUCGUAAGGACAAAACGAGACUGGCUAGUCAAACAAAGAGGCUGGGAUGGGUUUGUGGACUUCUUCCAUGUAGAGGACCUAGAAGGCGGCAUCAGAAAUGUGCUGCUGGCUUUUGCAGGUGUUGCCGGAGUAGGAGCUGGUUUGGCGUAUCUAAUAAGAUAGCCUUUUAAGUGCAAUAAUUGACUCUUAACCAACUCCAGCCACCAAAACCACAUACGCCUGCUGUGAAAUCAGAUGUAUUUAUGAAGUUGGACUUCAAGCUGUGCAGGCCAUAACCUCCAGGAGUUCUACUCCAGCAACGGAGAAAAGCAAGCGGCAGGAGGCUUAUGGCUAACAGGAAUAAAUACAUGGGAAAAGUAGUCCCUCUUGAAGAGUCACUGUCUGAAAGAAGCAGAAUUCUGUUUCAGCAACAGGCAAACUUUGGGAGGCCACGGAGGAGGACUUUUAGAUUUAGUGAAGACGGUAGGGUGGAGAGACUUUAAUUACCUUGCCUAGAACAGGAAAGUGGCCAGUAGCCAGGCUAGUCAUAGAGUUCAUUAAAUAUGCCCACUGAAUCCAUUAACUUCUAUAGUGUUAAAAUAGAAGCACUAACAAUGCCAGCGUCAUGUGUAAAAUGGAUUUUAAGCUACAAGUAAUAGAACCUAUGACUAGAAGCCUCAACACUGUACAACAGAGUGUGAAGGGAAGCUUUAUCCUCUAUAAUUAGCUUUCCUAGAUGUGCUUCUUGAAUAGAAAGUCCAAUGCUCAGGAUGUUUAUACCUGUUCUACUUUGGCUUGGUUUGAGUGAUUCCUAGUUUAUUAGCCUAGUGUCAUGGCCAAGAAUACUUGACUUAAGGCUCAAUUACAAAUCUGGAAUAUCCUGUUUUUAAGACAAAAACUUGUAAUCGUCUGUAAAAAUUGUAUAUAUUUUUACAGAACAUCUGUUUGAAAUGUAAAGGGAGAAAAGUCUGAAAUUACAUUAGUUUUUUCAUACCCUUUUGAAAUUUACAACUUCUGUAGUUAGGAACCUGUUUCUUAUAGCUUUUUCUAUUCUAAAUUUUGUGCUAGUCAGUUCUAGAUUGUAUACAGAACCAACUGAUGUAAUUGUAUGCAACCUGGUUGUAGUACAACAAUUCUGAUUCAUAACUAUGCAGGCUUUAAUUUUCCUAUCUGAUUUUGGUAAGUAUUUCUUAAAUACCUGUUUGGGGGUUUUUUGUUUUUUUUUUUAACCUGGGGCUGAGAAAUUGAGGAAUGGAAAUUAAUCCUUUCACAUGUGGGGUUUCAAUAAUUGAGUCAAGGUUUUAAGGAUUUAUUGGGGGGGCGGGGCACACAGGCUGAUGACUUAGAAAUAAUGGGCUCUGAUUGGGCAACUACUCAUUUGAGUUCCUUCCAUUUGUCUUAAUUUAACCGGUGAAAUUUUAACUGAGUUCAUGAGCUCAUCUUCAAAGCUUUUGCUGAAAGAUUUUCAGCUGUUCCAAAUGGGACUUAUUAGGAGUAUGUAUAAAAAGAGCACAUUGGGUGGAUGAGAGACAUUUGAUCCCUUGUUAAUAAAUUGUACAAUGAUGGCUUGGAAAAGCAGGCUAUAGUCUAACCAUGGUGCUAUUACUAGGCUUGCUUGUUAAACACAGGUCUAAGCCUAGUGAGUUAAUAAAACGAAUACUUAUUUCAUUUCUAUUAAUGAUUCUCAAACUUUGUUUCAGAUUUUUGCAUUGGCAUCUCUAUGGACUUCAGACUUGAUGUUUUAUCAAACUUACUGUUUAUUUCCUAUCCUUCCUUGAAAUAUUUGCUGCUUGUUCGGCUCCCUCUACAGAUAUUUAUAGUUCCUACAAAUUUACCUUGCCAUCCCUGAACUCUUACUAGCCCUUUUAGUUUUUGGCACUAGGAACCUAAGUGACCGCCCAAGGAGUCCACAGACCUUCAUCCUUCUUGAAUUUUAUCCUUAGGAGGUGGCAGUACAAUGGGUGCUGACAGUAACAGUGACGAGGUGAGAAGAGUCCCUUUUCCUUGGACUAGUAUCUUAUUGGUUGUUGCUUAAUCCUGUCUUUGGGGAGAAAUUUUCAAAAUCCCCUUAGGGAUUUUCAGAGGAGGGGAUGAUAUCUUAGGUGACUUCCUCUGGUUCUUUUGCAUUUGAAUAUGCUCACUUAAAAUUAUAGAAAUUGAUGGGCUCUGUUAAACCUCAGAGUUAUAUAAAAGCUACUAGUAAACUGGAGAAAACUUUUAUAGUGGAACCAGGGUCAUUUUGAAACCUUUAGCUUCUGAAUGUGACCUUUAGUAUGUGGACUCCAGACAAAAAUAGGCAUGAAUAAAAUGACUAAGAAUGUAAUUAGGGAACAAUUGCCCUGCCCGCCCAUCUCCAAGCCUUAAGGUCAUCUAGCUAGAGCUAUUUUUAUCUGUGUAUUUAUCAUUCUUGAUCAUAAACCACUUAUUUAUAUCAUGUCUAUCUCUAAGGACCUAAAAGCACUUUAUAUAGUUAAUUAAUCUUAAGAUCUAGUUAAGGUGACUAAAAAGGCCUGUCUCCCCAUAGCCAGUUAUGGAAAUAAGCACAGAGCUGUAGCUUGAUGGAGUUUAGGGGCCCCACUUCCCAAUUUACUAGGUGUGACUGCUGAAAUGUAGAUGAGAAUCUUCAGUUGCUAUUUUGGGUCACAGGCUGUGAGGGCUUAGGGAGCCCAAGUGCUUUGGGGCAGGGUGGGUGAUUCUGUAGGGAGAAGAGGCACAUGUUUUAAGUGCUGACUAGCUGCAUAGUUCAGGCAAAUCUUCCAAAAUAGAAAGAGAGGGGCUGCCUGGAAAGAUGGCUCUCUCAGCAACUUCUGUCUGUCUGAUGCUUCUCUCAGGGAAAACCCUGCAGUCCUCUAGUGUCGUCUAUGUACAUUCUGUUGGGGGUGAACACCUUGGUUCUGGUUGAAACAGCUAAUGCUGUUGACAUCUGUGCCAGGAAGGGUUAGGACCAACUACAAACUAAUGUGGGCUGUAAAAUGUAGUGUGUUUCCCUAACUUCCUGUUUUUCCUGAGACGAAAAUAAUAAAUCUUUUAUUCAAAUGCAA